GCCAAGCUUGGCGGAACCCUAAUUCUCGCACUCGCUUCUCACUCUCGCAUGGACUGUUGGAUGGUUGUGCGCACCAAGUCGUUCCAGCUUCGAAGAUUUGGAGUGUUGCACAGUGUUUCUCUCAGGUUACGACUUGCCGGCAUGGCCGCUCUCUUGCAGCUGCAGGCGGGGCUUGCCCGAGCAGGGCUGCAGCUGCGUCCCUCUGUGCAAGGCAGCGCUAGCGGGUGGGCCAGCUCCCAGCUGGGCGCGGUGCACGGGUGUGCUACCAGCCUGUGCAGAUGGGCGGGCACUCUGGUGGUGGUGGAGCACGAUGGGCGGGCCCCCAAGAGCGGCACCCUGGCGGCCGUCACUGCGGCGGGGCAGCUGGGGCAGCCGGUGUCGCUGCUGGUGGCGGGGCAGGGGGUGGCGCCCGUGGCAGAGGCAGCCAGCCAGGCAGCAGGGGUCAAGGAAGUGUUGACUGCCGACCACGCUGCGUUGGCGCACGCGGUGGCGGAGCCGCUGGCGGAGGUCCUGGUGUGGCUGCACGGCCAGCGGCAGUUCGACUACGUCGUGGCCCCCCACAGCACCUUCGGCAAGAACCUGCUCCCCCGGGCAGCCGCCCUGCUGGACGUGGCACCGGUCAGCGACGUUGUACAGAUUGUAGACACCAAGACGUUCGUCAGGCCCAUUUACGCUGGCAACGCUCUGGCCACGGUUCGCUUCCCUGGCUCUGGACCCUUCCUUCUAACCAUCCGCCCCACCGCCUUCGAGCCCGCCAAGCAGUCGGGAGAUGGCAGCCGGGCACCCGUCUCUCCUUUGGAGCUGCCCGAGGGAGUGCCCGGUUGUGACGAGAGCGUGGGGCGGGUGGAGUGGGUGGGCGAGGAGCUGAGCACGAGCGAGCGGCCCGAGCUGGGGAGUGCCAAAGUGGUCGUCUCGGGGGGGCGUGCGCUCAAGUCCGCGGAGAACUUCAAGCUGCUGGAGGAGCUGGCGGACAAGCUGGGGGGCGCAGUCGGCGCAUCUCGAGCCGCAGUGGACGCGGGGUAUGUGCCCAACGACAUGCAGGUUGGCCAGACGGGCAAGGUGGUGGCCCCGGACAUGUACAUCGCUGUGGGCAUCUCCGGCGCGAUCCAGCACCUGGCGGGCAUGAAGGACUCCAAGGUCAUCGUGGCCAUCAACAAGGACGGGGACGCGCCCAUCUUCCAGAUCGCCGACUUUGGUCUCGUGGGCGACCUGUUCAAAAUUGUCCCCGAGUUGACGGAAAAGCUACCGGCCAAGGGGACAUGACCACAAAACUUCAUAAUACUGCAGCGCAACGGAUGUGUUUGGACCGAGUGAUCCGAUCUGAGUGUCAAAAGAUCUCUGUGUCAAAAUAGCGAAUCCUCGAUCAAUUGUACAAGUCACAAAGCAUUGCGCAAAUUGUGGCCGAGCCGGCGCACGCAUUCGAGUGCGUCACUCUUGCAGGCACGCUGCAUGAACUGUAGGCUCAUGCCCUAUAGACGCGGGCUCGGAUGCCACGUUUUGAGGCGGCCCGGCGCUUCGUAGAUCAAUCAAACUUCACUGAACCGUCGACCAGAUACUACGGCCUUGUAUCAUCGGUCCAGAAAGGGCAGGCACAUGCAAUUCACAGCCGCGCCACAGCGCGCGCUACCAAAACCAUGAAUUCCCGAGUCCAGCUAGGUUUUCCAGUGACCUUACAGACUCCAAUGGAC